AUGUAAACAUGGCUGAAACGGAAGCGGAUGCUGUUGCGGAUUUUGACAAAAAUUUGGAAGAGAAGAUUAGGGAUUUGAACCAAAAUAAAGCAGACAUUAAAAACAGUGAACAGACUAAUUUAAAUGGUGGAACAGAAGUUGUGAGUGAAAUUGAUACUAAUUCUGUAGCCGAGACUAAUCAAAUGACUGUGGAAAAAAAUCUUCAAAAUUUAACAUCUUUCAGUAGCGAUGAUGCACAAGAAUCCAAAGAGUUGUCAGCUGUGGAGGGGGAACCUGCUUCCUCAGACAACAAUAUGCUUGAAGCCAGUGCUGUCAUCUCAAACGAAAAUUCCAUGGAGGUUCAGGACAAAGAAAACACUCCUUCUAUUCAGGAAGAAGAAAAGAAAUUAACAGAAUGUAAAGAUUCAACAUUUGAGUCUAAAGAAUCUAAACUGUCUAUUGAUGAGUUACCUGUUGAUCCACAAAAUUGUUACUGUCGCCGAGGAAGAAAUUUAAACAUUGUAGAAUUACAAUGUGGUGGAUGUUCCAAAUGGUUUCAUGAGCCAUGUAUUACCAUUUCUCUUGGAAAAUGUCUUCCUUUUAUGACUUAUUACACAUUCUGUUGCAAACAUUGUUCAGCAACUGGCAUCGAGACAUUUUCAAAGAAGCAGCCGAAUUUCAGUCAGAUAUGUGGAACUGCUAUAGCUAAUUUGAUGCAGCAGUCCUCUGCAGAUGGUCAACCCCGUACUAUGUUUUCUAAAGAUAAGGAAGUCAUUCCAUACAUUGUUGCUAACUGGGAACAUCUAACACCUAUGCAGAGAAGAAUAAAGCAGACUUGGCAUAAUACUGUUCACAAAGUUAUGGUGAAAGAUUCAGAUAUUUUUAUGUGCGAAGAAAAAAAUUUUGAUGAUAACUCUUCAACAUAUCCAAUGUUUGGGUUAGUAAAUCAGGACUUGGCAAAAAUUGGUCCUAGCUAUGAUAGUGUUUCUAGAGGCCCUCAAAAAUUAAAUAUUGAUUCAUCUUCAUCCCAAGGUGGAACUGCAUUUAGUUCGAAAGGUAGAAGUAGCAAGAGAAAAAUAUUUGAUAACCAGAUGUCAACUGCUGGAAAAAGAGUUAAAAGUGAUUUAGUUAUGCCUAAACUGCCACCUAAUGGUUAUCCAAUGGAACAUCCAUUCAACAAGGAUGGCUACCGAUACAUAUUGGCUGAACCCGAUCCUCAUGCUCCUUUUCGACAAGAAUUUGAUGAAAGUCAAGAUUGGGCUGGUAAACCUAUUCCUGGAUGGCUGUACAGGAAAUUGACUCCCAGUAAUGUUCUUAUAGCAUUGCAUGAUAGAGCACCUCAAUUAAAGGUAUCUGAGGAUAGGUUGUCUGUAACUGGAGAAAAGGGCUAUUGCAUGGUCAGAGCAACUCAUGGUGUUAACCGAGGCACAUGGUAUUUUGAAUGUACUAUUGAUGAAAUGCCUGAUGGUGCUGCCACUCGUCUUGGUUGGUCUCAGCCAUUAGGUAAUCUACAAGGACCUUUGGGGUAUGACAAAUUUAGUUAUUCAUGGAGAUCAAGGAAAAGUACUAAAUUCCAUGAAAGCAAGGGCUAUCAUUAUAAUGAUGAAGGCUAUGGACAAGGUGAUGUUCUUGGUUUCCUCAUACACCUUCCACAUACAGCAAAUCAACCUGUGUUGCCUCCUAUUUAUAAAGAUAAGCCUCUUGUGAAAUUCAAAAGUUAUCUUUAUUAUGAAGAAAAAGAUGAACUUCAGUUAGAACUAAAAAACAUGAAACCUUUGUUUGGAAGUAAAAUUGUCUUUUACAAAAAUGGAAAGAAUAUGGGUGUAGCUUUUGAAAAUAUCAAUGUUGGCACUUAUUACCCUGCAGUAUCAUUAUAUAAAAGUGUUACUGUCACUUUGAAUUUUGGACCUGAAUUUAAGUACCCUCCAAAUGAAAACUAUAAACCUAUCUAUGACUUAGCUGAUGAAGCAACGAUUGAACAAACAAUGACUGACUUAUUGUUUUUUACUGAAAACAAAGGAAAAUUAAGGCUAGACACACUAUAAUUUUAAUUUGUAAAAAAUAUUUUAAUAAAAUUUUUGACAAAUGUCACUUCAUAAAACUAUUUUUUUUACAAGUUUUGACUUGGAAUAAAUAAAUUUUUUUAUUAAUAUACAUUAUUUU